CUAUUGUUGCUGUCGCUAAUCAAUGGGAUGGGUAAUGUCAUUGUCUGCGCUGCCAUGGAUAAACAUUAUGUCCCCUUAUAUUCACCUGUCUGGUAUCGCCCCGUCCAUCUGAUCCCAUGCCACGUCCCUUCAGCCUCCUCGCACACUGGUUUACAUUCCGACGACACCCGGCACCCGCUGGCGAGGUGCCCUCCCCGCAGCCACCCACCCCGCCUCCGAAGGACCUGAACAUUUCAUUUAACACUGCCAGAUAUCGCUCAAAGCCACUCCCAGCACCCAUCGACGAUCACGACGAGUAUGUAAAUGAAAAAGUAGCCCUCAGAUUCAACGACGUCGACACGUCCCAAGUCCAGCGCUUUUCCAGUUCCACCGCACCUUCUUCACCUCCCCGUGACAUCCAUGCCCUCCCACGUAGACCUUACGUGACGCACGUCGCAAUCCCCACAGUACCACUUACCCCCGAGGAGACAGCGAGACGAAGGUUGUCAGCACAGAGACGACGCGAACGCGAGGAAGAAGAGGCUCGUCGUGAAGAACGCGCCCGCCGGGAACUCAGGAAACUGCAGCGGGAAGAACAAGAGCGCCGAGAGAGAGAAGAGGAGGAACGCAGGCGUGCCCUUCUUCAGGAACACCUCCGGCAGGCUGCCGCGCGCAGAGAAGAGAAAGAGAAGGAAGAAAAGCGCAUCGAGGAAGAACGUCAUGAACAGAUACGCCAGCAGAAGCUCUUGGCAUAUCAGCGACGCCUGGAAUAUACCCAGGAACUAGACCAGUGGAGACGGGAGCACAUCCAACGUGCGAUAUCCUCCUCGAGCGAGAAACAGGAAGAGCGCAGACGAUCCGCUGAGGAGAGACGCAAUCGCAUUGCCAAACUCGGCGAAUCGCUCCUCAACAACAACAAUACCGCGAAAGCCGCUCGCGGAUGGGUUACCAUACAAACACCAGAAUCACUGGCAUGGAAACGGAGGUACUACAAGUUCGACCUUGGCCGCGGCCAAAUGUUGUUAUACCCAAACCACGUGGACACUGCACAUCCAAUCGACGUCGUCGAGCUAGACAACCGGACAGAGGGUCUACACGAGUGGUACGAAGGUUUCGAAGAGCUGAGAGCGAUUCCCCAUUCUUUUGCAAUCCAAUUUGUACACGGUCAGAGUUGGUUUAUGUACGCCGAUGCCGAGGAAGAAAAGGAUAGGUUACUGUUGUGGUUGAGCGAAGCGGCAGGUAUCAUCCUCUAAUCUGGAUGGACUCGCUUCUCGACUUUGUAGCGAUAACUGAGCAUUUGUACCCAGUAUUAUCUAUAGGCUUAGUAACUAUAUGUAUAAGUUAAUUUUCGCGUG